AUGUAUAAUAGCACCUUUUCGAGGAAUCCUUGGGGAGAGUCUGAUCCAUCGACGACGACAUUGGAAGAGCUAAGAAAGUCGAUACGAGAACAAAAAGUGCUUUUAGCUGCUACAACAGGAAGGAACGAAGACGAGGUGGACGCUUUCGAUGAUUAUUGCGACGAAUACUCAAGUAUUGAAGACUUGAAGCGACGCAUCACAUCAGUGUCCAAGGAACUACACGAGAAACAGCAGGCAUUAGCCAACAGAGGCCGUACGUCGACGCAAAGUCCUGCUCAGUGGUGGGCACGUUACCAGCUCAAUCUGCGUCAAAUGGAAGACUUAGCUGAUCAGCGACAUACAUUACUCAAGGAGAUCGGCUAUCUAAACAGUGGCGUGAGGAGCUUGGAAAAGGAAUUGAACCAGGAAUCAGAAAAGCUGAAGCAAUGUCGACUGAAAGCGGCUCGUGUCAAGAAGGCAGCAUUUGCUACUACUGGUAGUAGCGCCGAUUUGGAUACCACUGGCAUGACUGAAACUGAACGAAUUCGAGCUAAAGCACAAGCCAUGGUAGCAGCACGACUGAACAAAAGCGCAAGCACAUCGGCAACAUCAUCCACUACAACAUCGCCCUCACUGCUAUCAACAGAAGAUCAGGAUGCUCAAUUGACAGCGCAUGUGAAUCGCCUAAUAGAUGAUUUCAAGGGCAUUCAAAGAGAAGUGGAGUCCAUCAUGGAGACAGACAUGAAAAAGGUUGACCAGGACCUUCAUUCAGGCACCAAGGAGUUGAAGGAUAGACAGAUGUUUGAGCAGGGCUUGUAUGUGGACGAUUAUGUUGCUCGCUUCAUAGACCAGUUGGACAGAACGUAUACUACAGCAUCAGCGUCAUCCAUAUAUGGAGCAUCUGCACCACCAGGGAUUUCUACACCACCUCUACCUCCUAUCAAAAACACCACUACUCCCUACUAUUCCCAAGCACCACCACCACCCAUCCCCACCUCUCAGCGACCUGGUACACCACGAUCAGCUGCCGAUAUCAAAGCAGAAGCUUACAAGCGAAUCGAAGAGCGUAGAAAACUGUUUGUAAAAAAUACAACAGAUCGGCAUGGGGCGACACCUGCUUCAUUCGACGUGAAGGCUGCAGAAGAUACCAAAAUUAGUGAAGAAGAAAAGGCAGCGCAAGAAAGGAUGCGACAAGCUGAAACCGAUGCCAGAGCUCGUUUGGAAGCCAUGCGAGAAAAGAGAGAUACAUUGCGCCGAGAAGCAGCUGAGGCAGAGGAGAAGAAACGAAAGGCAGCAGCCGAAGCAAGUGCAGCCGCUGAAGCCGAGAUGCUUGCUGAGAAAAAGCGCAAACAACUGGAAGAAGAGGAACGCUUGGCCAAAAUCAAGAAGGCACAAGACGCGCUAGCCGAGAAACAACGACUCGAGCGUGAAGCAGAAGUGGAGAGACUUCGGUUGGAGAGAGAAGAAAGACAACAAAAAGAGGCUAAAGAGAGAAAGAAACGAGAGGAAGAAGAACGAAUUGCAGAAGAAGUUCGCCAAAAGAAAGCUCGGCAAGCUGCAGAGCAGGCUGCCCGAGAAAAGAGAUUGCGUCGUCUUGAAAUUGAGCGUCGAGAGAAAGAAAUUGAAGCGGCCAGACAGGAAGAGAUCAAUAGACGAAAGCAAUGGGAAGAAGCUGAACUUCAGAAGCGCUUGGAAGAAGAAAGACGUAUCAAAGAAAAGGAGGAAGAAGCUGCUAGAGCGCGACAACGUUUGGAAGAGGAGGAAGCUAGACUAGAAGAGCAGAGACGUUUGGAAGAAGAGGAGAGACAGCGUGUGCAAAUGGAGCUUCAGUUGCAAAAGAAGAGAGAAGAAGAGCAAUUGUUGGAAGAAAAGAGGUUGGAAGAGCAAAGGAUCUAUCAGGCAGAACAACAACUCAAGGAGGAGAAGCGACAAGAGGAGGAGAGAAAGCAGCGACAGCAUGACCAAGAAUUGGCUACUGCCAUGACUGCUGCUGAAGAAGCCGAACGAGCUGCUGCUACUGCCAAGGCAGCUUACACAUCCAAUUACUCUGCAUCACCCACCAAUGCCUCGUUUUCCCAUCUCAAUAGCACAACUGCAGGAACCAGUGGCUACGGUGUGGAUGUGGAAGACGAAGUCAAUUUCAGCAUUAUUUACCGAGUCAAGACAUUGUAUGAAUACCAAGGCAUGCGAGAAGAUGAUCUGUCCUUUUCUGCCAAUGAGACUUUAAAAGCACAUCCGUCCAAGGACAAGGGCAGUGAUUGGUGGUAUGGCACAUCAUUAGCGACAAAUGCAGUUGGAUUCUUUCCCCGUACCUAUGUCGAAGUGGUUGAAGAAGCAUUUCGUGUUAAGACACUGUACGAGUUUACCAAGAAUCGCUCUGAUGACUUGGGCUUUUACGAGAAUGAAGUGAUUGUAGUUCAGCCUUUCCAAGAUGAGAACAGCGACUGGUGGUAUGGGACCAACGAGGAUACAGAGGAGAGCGGUUACUUUCCCAAAACUUAUGUAGAGAAGAUCGAUUCUGCCUCUAACCACGACCUUCCAUCGAUAUGCACCGCUGCCGCACCCAUCUCUAUUCCCGGCAAAUCGACUGCCAAUGUAUAUACCUCUGGAAACAACUAUUUGACAGUAUCAGACAGCCAUCUACCUCGAGGGCUAUCUGCGCCCAACACACCCAUAAUGAAAAAGACCAAUCUCGGUGUCAAUAAGCAAGAGCUGACCAAGCGACGUAGAGCAGCAAGUUCCGUGAGCACAGCCAACAACAGCCACAUUGGCACACCUCAAUUGCUGUUUCCUCACUCUGGAAACAUGUCUGAGAAUUUGGAAUUGCUGACUUGGGCUAGCACCAUGGAUGACAUUGAAUUGAACGCUAUACCCAUGGAGGAGCGCAAGCGCCAGGAAGCCAUCUUUGAGCUUAUUGCCACCGAGAGAAGCUAUCUCAGUGAUCUUCAGAUGAUUAUCAAUGUCUUCUAUACAGACUCUGGAAAGUACCUCUCACAAGACGAGCGUGAUGUUGUUUUUUCAAAUAUUGACGAUUUGCUGAUCUGCAAUACGGCGCUUUUGAGUGAUAUGGAGACACGACAAAGAGGGCAGGCAAAUGUAGUUGAUAAGAUUGGUGAUGUCUUUUUAAAGCAUGCGGAUAGUUUGCAAUGUUAUUCCACUUACUGUAGAAACCAGUCUUAUGCUACCAAGUUUUUGCAGAAAAAGAGGGAGGAUGAUCAAUGGUUUGAAGUAUUCUUGAAGACUGCUCAAACAAGAUCUGAAUGCCGUUCGCUGGAUCUUUCUCACUUUUUGCUGGAGCCUGUACAGCGCAUCACAAGAUACCCCCUCCUUCUUCGCCAGAUCUUGAACUGUACGCCUAAAAAGCACCCUGAUUAUGCCCUUGUGAGAUCUGCAUUGUCUAUUGCUCAGCGAGUGUUGGAGGAUGUGAAUGAAGAAACCAGACGCUUUGAGAACAUCCAGAAAAUGUCUGAAUUGUCUAGAAUCAUCGACAUGGAAGCAACCGGUCGACUAAACAUCACUGGCCGUGAAUUCAUCUUGGACGGCGCUCUUUUCAAAGCCAAGAGUGGGCGAAAGCUACAUGGCUUUUUAUUCAACGAUAUCCUCUUGUUAGCAGAGCCAUUGAAAGCGCUCAGUCCUAAAGGGUACCUGUAUACCUUGUAUCGUGAGCCAAUGCCCAUCGAGAGUGUCAGUGUUCGUCAGCAAACAACGAUGACUUUAAAACCAUCAUUUGGCAAUAAUUCGGCAGAUGACUUAUCCUUUCAAAUUGUGUCGGGUAACCAAGUGAUUGCUGUCAAAACUUCAACAGCUACUCAGAAGCGUCAAUGGAUGAGUCAAAUACAACAUUACAGUGCGCUGCAGCAGUACAAUUAA